CGUCAGGCGCAUUGAACAGGGGGAGGUGCAGCGCCCGUCUGUUUUGUUGUGGACAUAUUUUUUUUGUUCGCGCAGUUUGCUGAUGGAAAACACAUUCAUGUUUUAUUUUUUAGCGCUAUAAAUAUCACGCGAAACUGUUAUUAAAGGUAGGAACCACAGAGAGAUAUAUAUUAAGCGUUAGAGCAGCCUUUCGAAGGACUUUGAAGUGUCGUUAGUCGACAUUCUCCCUGUAAAGGGGGGACCUUUGUCUGUUCCGGUGUGGUGUAUUUUCAUGCCUGUAUUUUUUUUGGGGGGUGGCGCUCAUGUCUGCCUGAGCUAAAAUAAUACAAUAUCGACGCGCACAAUAAUAAUCGGCGCAUUGAAUAACCGACACAACCGCCUAAAAUACAGAUUUAAAAAAAACAGUAUUUUAUAGUAGUAUUAUUACAAUAUUUAUUAUUAUUUUUUAUUUUUAUUUCUAAUUCUUUGCAUUCUUGAGGACUCUUUGGUGCCUGUCGUAACCGCCUGAUUUAAAACCAUACCAUUCGCUAGCAUACAUUAAGCUAAGCUAGUGUACAGCUUGCUAAACGAUAUGUUUAAAUAAAAAAAGUAAAACAUUUUGUUUCAACUUAGGAUUUAUUAAAGAUAAAUAAUGAUUAUAGAGAUGAAUGUUAUUACUUGAGCUUGAAAUAGUAAAUUAAUAUAAUAUUAAUAUUAUUAUUAUUAUUAUUAUUAUUAUUAUUAAUAAUAAUAAUAAUAAUAAGAGCUUUACCUCAGAUUGUGAGAAAGCACUGACACUGGAGACUCCUUACACAAUUAAAUCCUUACACAAAACUUCAUAAUAUUUUAUUUGAUAUACAAUAAAAUAUUUGAUAAACAUUAAUAAACUGUACAGAUAGCUGUACUACAGUCGUAGCUGAGGUUUAACAAUUAGACAACACCCGACCAAUCAGAUUGAAGAAUUCAGCCACAAAGUAUAAAUCUGUGCCAGGAUUCUACAUCAGGUUGUUUUUGUUUUUAACAUCGAAAUGAUUUCCCACUCUUAGUAUUCACGACUCCAGUGUGGAACUCUUCUGUUAAACCCUAAAGAUGAAGAAGAAAGUGAAGCACAACACAGCGAAGAAAAAGGUGGAAGAAGAGGAAGAUGUUUCAGCGUCUACGGCGAACGAGGCCGAGGUCUCUGCACGUGAUGAGUCUGCACAGGAAAAGCACUGUCUUCGCAUUUCCCAGAGUGACAGCUGCUUCCUCGAGUUCUUAAACAAGGACCGACGCGCGGUGCCUUCGUUUUGCGACAUUGCCGUCAGUGUGCGUGGGGAAAUCUACCCAGCCCACAAGGUGGUGCUGGCAUUCGGGAGCAGCUACUUCCAUGCCAAACUGAGUGAAAACCCUCAGCUGGACCAUGUGACUUUUGACAACGUCGACGGCUCCACCUUUGAACACUUGCUCGACUUUCUGUACACGUCUGAAAUGGAAGUCCAGCAGAGCCAAAUCCCGUCCUUAUCCGAGGCGGCGUGCUUCUUUGACAUGAUGGAGGCGGUGAAUCUUCUAGCGGGUGAAGCUACACCGAACCAAACACCGGAAGAGGGAGAGAAGGAGGACAAACUGCCGAUGGAAGAACCUCUUCUUCAGAGUUCUUCUUCAGGAGAGCUUAAAAAGCCUCAGUCUCCCGGCGAGACCCAGUGUUUGCUUUGCAGCCGGACGUUCUGCUAUAAAAAGUCGCUGGAGAACCACAUGGCAAAGAUGCACAGCCAAGCUGAGGUCACUGACACCAGCAGCAAACGCACCUCGACCCGUCAGAGGAGGAGACCCAGCAAAUUUCAGAGCCUGGAGAACAAGAACCCCAUUGGAAUGGAGCUCCAUGGGGAAAAUGUAGAUGAAGGGGCUACCUCUGUCGAAGAGAAUGAUGAUGACGAUGAUGAGGAAGAUGGCGACGAUGAAGAUGGUAAUGGUGAAGAAAACCAGCAUAACCAAAGCAAAGAAAGAGAAGAUACAGAAACCAAUCUGCAAGCAGAGACAGGGCUGAGGACUGAGGAGGAUGCUGACAGCAGGAAGGAGGAGGAGGAGGAGGAGUCGAGCUUUAGUCAUGUGACCAAGGACCAUGAUGCGUCAGUCGCUCAGAGUAGUGGCGGCCAUGUUUACCCAGAAGGCCUAGCUCCAGUGAUCAUACAAAAUGGCAACAAAAAGACGCUCAAAUGCCCAAAGUGUGACAAGACAUUCGACCGUAUAGGGAAAUAUGAGAGUCACACGCGAGUGCACACGAGAGAAAAGCCGUUCCAGUGUGACGUGUGUCUGCAGCGCUACUCCACCAAAUCCAACCUCACCGUGCACAAGAAGAAGCACACGGCGGACGCUCCGGUGCAGAGGAAAGACCACAAGUGUCCAUUCUGCAACAAGCUCCACGCCAGCAGAAAGACGCUGAGCAAACACGUCAAAAGGUUCCAUCCUGACCACAUGCAGGAGUUUUUGAGUAUGAGGAAGAGGAAGAGCGAAGGCUGGAAGUGUGAUAUCUGCCACAAGUCCUUCACACGGCGCCCCCACCUGGAGGAGCACAUGAUCUUACACUCUCAGCACCGGCCCUUUAAAUGUGCCUACUGCGACGACUACUUCAAGUCCCGCUUUGCCCGCCUGAAACACCAAGAAAAGUUCCACUUAGGACCUUUCCCAUGCGACAUCUGCGGACGGCAGUUUAACGAUACCGGCAACAGAAAGCGGCACAUCGAGUGCACACACGGAGGGAAGAGGAAGUGGACGUGCUUCCUGUGCGGCAAGUCGGUCCGAGAGAGGACGACGUUACGGGAGCACCUGAGGAUCCACAGCGGGGAGAAACCUCACCUGUGCAGCAUCUGUGGACAGAGUUUCCGCCACGGCAGCUCUUACAGGCUCCACCUUCGUGUCCACCAUGAUGAUAAACGUUACGAGUGUGAAGAAUGUGGAAAAGCUUUCAUUCGGCACGAUCAUCUGAAGAAACACAAGAAAAUACACACUGGUGAGAGAGCGCACCAGUGUGAAGAGUGCGGGAAGUGUUUCAGACGCGCCGAUCACCUGAACGUCCACUACAAGAGUAUUCACCUGGGAGAGAAAGUGUGGAGAAAGUACAAAGCUGUAGUGCACCAGUGUGAAGUGUGCAAGAAAGAGUUCAGGGGAAAAACCAAUCUGAUGACGCACUUCAGGACGCAUUCAGGAGAGAAACCUCACCGCUGUGUGAUCUGCAACCAGACCUUCCGCAUCAAGAAAACUCUGACCAAGCACAUGGUCAUCCACUCCGAGGUGCGUCCUUUCAGCUGCCCUCACUGCAGUGCCGCCUUCAAACGCAAGGACAAGCUCAAAUACCACGUGGACCACGUCCACAGCGCCCGCUCUCCCAUCCCGGCCUCGUCCCAAACGCCCGAAACGUCGCCCCAAACUUCCAAACCCACCGAAGUGCCCAUCUCUGUCGCUCUGGUGCCGGUCCAGAUUCCCGAGGAAACCAGCGCCAAUCUGCAGCAACAGCAGCAGCAACCGGUCGCAUAUCAGCCGUCCACCGAUCUGGUGUUUCUGGAGAAGUACACGCUCACGCCUCAGCCGACCAACAUCGUGCACCCGGUGCGGUCGGAUCAGAUCCUGGACCCGAGGGAGCCGUCGUACCUCAGCACGCUGCUCGGCCUCGACUCUGCCUCCUCUGAGCAUGCUCAGUAGCGCUUUAGAACCUCAUGGAACACCAGUGGACUUUUAUGAAUGUUUUCACAUGCAUAAAAGGUAUAAUUAAUAUGAUUAAUAUUAAUUAGACAAAAGGUAUAAUUAAUAUGAACCAUUUAAUAUGGUUUGCAAAUGAAUGUACCGAAAUUUAAAAAAGUGUAUUAUAAGAGUAUAAUAAAAUAAAUAAAUAAUUACAGUUACAUCAGAUCAGGCACCACAGUGUUGUUAAAUUCUCACAUCUGAUUGGUCGGAUGGUGCCGAUUAAUUUGAGGCUCUAAUACAUUACUCAAGCUUCUUGACAGGAAAUUGUACAGUUGAUGCUCUAAUCUGAAAUAACAGAUCUCUUAUCAUCACACAAUUCCUUUUUUUUAAGUAAAAGAACAGGGUGUGCAAACUUUUGCUUUCACAUUGUACUUAAAGUUCUGAGCAUGCUCGCUACAUAUCCAUUAAAUGUGGACAUUUUUAUGGCUAAUGGGCACAAGAACAUUCCAAACACAAUAGAUAUACAACAGUGGUGUGACCGGAAGUGACGAGUGAAUAAACAGGACCUGAUCUGUAAUGAACAGAUCGCACAUACACUAUACUAUGUUGCCUUCAGCUUCACACCAAGACAUUUUGGACAAUUUCAUGCUCUUUGUGGGAACACUUUGGGGAUGACCCCUUCCUGUUCCAACAUGACUGCACACCAGUGACCAAAGCAAGGUCCAUAAAGACAUGGAUGAGUGAGUUUGAGUCCUGACCUCAACCCCAUAGAACACCUUUGGGAUGAAUUAGAGUGGAGACUGUGAGCCAGACCUUCUCGUCCAACAUCUGUGCCUGACCUCACAAAUGCGCUUCUAGAGGAACGGUCAAAAAUUUCCAAAAACACAGUCCUAAACCUUGUGGAAAGCCUUCCCAGAAGAGUUGAAGCUGUUAUAGCUGUAAAGGGCGGGACAACUCCAUAUUACAUUCAUGUGCAUGUAAAGGCAGACGUCCCAAAACUUUUGGCAAUAUAAGUGUAUGUCCUGUAAUGGAAGCUGUACAUAUAAUGUGUGGUUACUGAUGUAACAUAUAACGGAAUGUCAUUAUUUUACUGUUUUGUCUUUUGUUCUUUAUAUAAUCCUCAUCAGUAUUCUUUGGGCUUAUGACAUGGCACUUAUAUAGUUGGGUCAGAUGGAAUGUUGGAUGAAUUUCUGUAUAAAAUUGUGGUGAUGAAGGAAUGAUACGGAAUAUACCGUAGUAUUAAAAUGCAAAAGUCAAACCGGUUUUGUCUCACCUUGAUGACCGGGUCACUCUUUCUUGUAAAAAAACCAAGGAGAACAUCCUCAUGCAAAGACUCGAACCUGGCAACCUAGACCUCUGAUGCAGCCGGGAUUCAAAAUUAUUAACAACGUCGCUAACGUUUGUCAUCAGAAGCGACAUAUUCCAUUGUGUAAGUCAAAUUCCAUUGUGUAAAUGCCACACUUGUUCAUGGAACAAGCCAGACAUUGUUAGAGAAGAAGCCUUUAUUAUCAGGACACAUACAUUACAGCACAGUGGAAUUUUUUUUCUCACAUAUUCCAGCUGAGGGGGUUGGGGUCAGAGCGUAGAGGGUUAAAGAGGGGGUUCAAAUGCCUGACUGUGGCAGCUUGGCUUGAAUUCUGACCUUCCAAGCAACAACCCAGACCACUUGAGCCUCCACAGAAGACAAAGGAGCUACCAAAAGAUCAACGUUCUGGAAAACGCUCACUCAGGGUGUGAAACAAGACUGCAAAGAGAAGGCUGUCCACUGAAAGUGAGCAGGUCGAUCUGAGAGACCAAGGGUAAAGCUCAACAUGCUUCCACCACCAUGCUGCACCAUGGGCAUGGGGUUCUCGUUGUGAUGAACAGCCCAUAAUCAACAACCUGAUUGUCUUAAUUCAACCAGGAUCUUGUUUGUUAGAGAGUAUUUAUUCAUUAGAGACCAAUUAAUAGCAGUGUUAAUAAAGAUCAUUAUCAGUAUGAGAGGUAUAAUCAUGUA